UGUGGUAGCGGGCGGGGUUUCCGGUGCUGUGCGCGCGCCGAGGCCCGGGACGGUCGCGGCGGCCGCGCGGGGUGCGGGGCUGUCCGCGCGCGCUGCCGCCGCCGAAGGGGCGGGCCGGGCCGCGCGCGCCUCGGGCGGCGGCGGAAGCGGCGCGGGUGCCUGAGGGGCAGGGAGCGGGGCAGGAUGAGCGGCGGGGACGGAAACGAGGAGUUCUACCGGCAGCUGCAGCUCCAGCAGCAGUACGAGGCCAAGCCAGCCGAGGGCGAAGGCGAGGGAGAGUCCGACCCCUUUACCUACGUGGACCCGGCGGACGGGGCGGCCUACGAGUGGGACCUGGAGAAGAAGGCCUGGUUCCCCAAGAUAACAGAAGAUUUCCUGGCAACCUAUCAUGCCAACUAUGGCUUCAAUGCAGAUGAGACAGAUACUUCAUCUGCUUCUGGUACAGCCACUGAAAGUAAGCAACCAGUAAGUUCUAAGACAUCAGGAACACAACCAUCAGCAAAUGAGACAGGACAAAAACAAACAGAUCCGAAACAAAAAUCGGAAAAACGGAAGCUAGAGCCAGGGUGGUUUCAUGUUGAAGAAGACAGAAACACAAAUGUUUAUGUGACAGGUUUACCUCCAGACAUCACAAAAGAUGAAUUUGUACAAGUCAUGUCAAAAUGUGGUAUCAUCAUGCGAGAUCCUCAGACAGAAGAACACAAAAUCAAACUGUACAAAGAUAAGGAAGGCAAUCUUAAAGGAGAUGGCCUCUGUUGUUAUCUGAAGAGAGAAUCGGUUCAACUUGCUUUGAGGCUUUUGGAUGAAGCAGAAAUCCGAGGCUAUAAAUUGCAUGUGGAAGUUGCAAAGUUCCAACUGAAGGGGGAGUAUGAUGCAAGCAAAAAGAAGAAGAAAUGUAAAGACUACAAGAAGAAGUUGUCACAACAGCAGAAACAGCUGGAUUGGAGGCCGGAGAAGAAAGAUGGAGCAACUCGAAUGCGGCAUGAACGCAUCGUUAUUAUCAGGAAUAUGUUUCACCCCAAGGACUUUGAGGAGGACCCUUUAGUGCUAAAUGAGAUAAGAGAAGAUCUGCGGACUGAAUGUGAGAAGUUUGGUCAAGUAAAGAAGGUUCUCAUAUUUGAUAGGCAUCCUGAUGGCGUCGCUUCUGUGUCAUUUAAAGAAGCAACAGAAGCUGAUCUAUGCAAGGUGACUCUAAAUGGAAGGUGGUUUGGUGGCCGUCAGCUCAGUGCUGAAACAUGGGAUGGUGUAACGGAUUAUCAGGUGGAGGAGACUGCAAGAGAAAGGGAAGAAAGGCUUAAGGUGUGGGAGUCAUUUUUAGGGGAUCCAGAUGCAAAGGAGCAGCAAACUACAUCUGAUUCAAAUUCUGCAUCAAGUAGUGUUAAACUGCCUGAAGGGAAACAACUUCCAGAGGUUAAUGACACCCCUAAGGAGGAUGCAGCUCCUGAGAGGGCGAAUAAUGGUGAGGGUAUCAAUGAAGAUGGAGCUCCAUCCACAGACAGCAGCCUUGCAGGCAGUGAUGGUGAAGCUGAUACAUAACAUCUUUAAUACUUUAUGAAAGCAUGAUUUUUAGGGUGAUGUUUGAGUGUAUCCUUUUCUUCAGGGUGACUGCAGACAAUAUUCAUAUGAAUAUAGAUAUAUUAGAAUGUCAUAAACUAUGUGCUUUGAAGUUUUCAUUAAAGCAGUGUUUAAUGAGGUUCUAAAAGUUUGUAUUAAUUGGCUGUUCAGGUAAAGUAACUCAAGUUGCCACGAAUGCAGUAAAACUCAUCAGGCUUCUUUUGUUCUAACUAUGCUUGUCAGUGUUUCAUCACGUGAGUGUGAAAUAUGUUCCAACCCUUAUGUUUAUGUAACUGUAUGUAACUUACGUAAUGCAAAGCUUUUACAAGAUUUGUGGAUUGUACUUUUAAUUUUCCUGUAGCCCUUGGAACUCAGUAUUUCGAUAAUUCGUGUCCUGGUAUGUUGGAUCAUUUUAUGGAACAGAUGCUGUGAUCCAUAUAGGGUGAACGCAUUGGGUAUGUUGCUAUGUAUUAGGUGGCAGAUGAUGAGUAGUAUCAGGUCACAAGCUUAAAUAAAGUGGCAGACGGAGUUGCCAUAGCAACCCUAAGGCAAACUGAGUGAAGAGAGGUUAUUAAAUCACAGCAUUCAGCAAAUUAGUUGUUCCUUCCCCUGUUUAGAUUUUCUGUUGAUAUUGGAUAGAGACUGGAAUUAUGUCAAGGAGACUAGAAAUGCAUGAACACAUGUAUUCUAGGUGAUAAUAACAUUGACUUUACACUCUCAUGGUCUGUAUGCAGUAGGUAUCAAAAUAGGCUUUUGAUUUUUGUGGUGGCUUUGUUAGUUCUUGCUUUAUAUUAGAGUAAGUUUUUCCUUAACUUAGCAUGAUGAAUGUGAGUUCUCCUCAACAUUUUAGUUUAGCUGUGUGUGCUCGUCACUGUGGGGAGGAUCUUCCAUGUUUCAUAAAAUUUAAAUGCUUUUGGCAGCUCAAACUGCAGUUUGUUGUGCAAAAGUUAGAACACUUUAAAAUAUUCUUUCAAAUAAUGUUCUUAUAUGGAAAAAGCAAAUGCUAGUCCUCUUCAAAAUAUUUCCAAAAACAAGGACUUAGAAGAUAUUCUAACUUUAAAUAUCUUAAUAAGUGGCAGGCUUUCAAAAAUAACUGGAGAGAGCUGUUUUGGGUAUAGUCAUUCUUAAUUUAGAAUUCCACUAUUUUGAUAAGUAAGGCUAGAAGAACAUGGUUUUAGGCACUAAGCAAAUAAAAAUUCAUAGCAUGCUGUUCAUAUGGAUGGUUACCAGUACACAUUUGCGAGGAGGAUCCUUUGAAUUUUUUUUAAUUCAUAUUGGAUUGCGAGAAACUAUAGAUGCCAAUUCCUGAUUUUCCAUUAUGAGGUAAUCGGAAUACUUUGAAAAUGUUAUCUUCAAACCUUGUGCUCUGAGAUUACCAUAGAGAUUUCUUGAAUUCGAUAUGGUUGUCUAAGUUUAUUUUGUUGGGAUUUUUUAAAUAUAUAGUUAAUAUGUGUGGGUGGCUAUACCAAGAGCAUCUAAGCUAUCACUUGUGGUUGUAGAUUACGUCUUUUGUGACAAAAAUAACUGUCAUAUUUUUUAUGUUAAAAGUCUGAGGGCUCAUUAUACGCUGAUAGGACAGAUUUCCCAUUUUGAGUUGCAUUAUAAAGAAGAGAUGUAAAAAACAUGCCAACCAAAAUAAGUCCAUUUUCUCAUCUUUCCAAAUGUGUGGAUUGUGUGUUUCAGCAAUGCAGGUGUUUGAAGAGUUCAGGGAAUCUGGAACACUGCCUUGUUAGUAGCUGCACGUAGUGGUAUAUUCAGAUACAUUUCUGGGUUGUGUUGGUUCUGCCUUAGUUAUUUUUAUUGGUAAGAUGCACCACAGACCUGAGAGAUCUGGAAGUGUUUGCAUAUGAGGAGUGUAGUUUAGUGUGGUGAGUUGCUUUCAGUGCUCCUUUUCUUCCUUCAGCUUCUAGACUCCAGUCUUUAGAUCUCUUACUCUUGUGUUUUGUUUGCUCUUUUUUUUUUUAAGGAAGCCCAGUUGUGUUACACUACACAGUUAAAUCACUUGUUUUACAGUGGAAUUACAACUGAUAUAGGGAAACUUGUGUAAUUUAUAUUCAAAAUUUGUAAAGUUUUAUCAAGCCUUAUCAUGGUAUCAGACAUGGAAAACAAGGUUAGUGUUAGUGAUUGAAAUAAGACUUUGAAAAAUACGGAGUUGUUGUAUAUGCAGUAAACCUUCCUCUCUCCAGCUGAUGUGCAAAUUUGACUGGCUUGCUGCAGAAGUAAAAUAUGCUCUUAGUCCUUUCACCUUCUCUUCUAGACUUCACACUAAAGUAGAGCACCAACAAAGACUGAGACCAAAUGCUUUAUUGGCUUUUCUAUUAACUAGAAUUCUUAAGAAAUAAAAGCUCUUUUUCCAUGCAAAUAUGUUGUUUUCAAAUGUGGCAUUAUACUCAAACUUGUAUUUUCUUUUUGUCUACCUCCAUUUUCCCCGGUAAAAUGUAAAAAUAUAUUUUUAUAAGCUGUUCAUUGAGUUAUUGAGGCAUUUAGUAGUCCAAGGAGAGGUUGAUGCAGCUGUGACUCUUUCCGGCAGAUUUUCAUUAAAACCAAAUCCUUUAGAUUUUUCCUUUUUGAAAUUAUUUAUGAAAUUAUUUUGAAUUUAUGAAUUUUUUAUAAAUCAGUCAGAACAGAAAUCAAAAAUUUUCACAGAACUUAAAAUUUCUAUUUUGAAGUACGAUUAUGGAGCUCUUAUAGUAUAGAGCAGUAAUGUUUAAUAAGAAGUUUUAACAAAUCUGAACAAGCUGAGUUGCUUUUUAAACUUGCAUAUUUUUCUUACUAAACAGCAUCAUACACAAAUUGGUAAGAAAAUGUUAAAGGAAUUACUUUAUUUUUUCUUUAAUUUAAAGUCUUCUCUAAUUACUUUUCUUGCUCAUUAGAAGUGACAAGAACAACCUUUUUGCACAAGUUUCUAAGGUUUUAGGUCCCAUUCUAGUGUUCCAGUAUACUGCAUGUACCUCCAUCCCUGUGCGUUUGGUGAGAGGUUCAUUUUAAGAGAAUCUGUCUCCUUUCCUCGGUGUAUGAUGAAAACAAUAGCCAGCAACAGGCUGAAACAAUCAUUAUUGGAUAUUAUUAUGGGUAGUUAUUUUUACUCAGUUUUGAACUAGAGAAAUAGUUGUUUCUACCAAUCUCCCAUGUAACAAAAACUAUGCAAAGCCACUUAACUACAGAAUGACAGAGUAUUAAUUGAUCCUUCAGCAUAAUUUGGCAGAAUCACUUUCCAAACCAUCCAAAAUAGUUGCUUCAGGAUAAAUUGGUAGUUUGCAUUAGAAUUAAAUGCUAUUUCAGUGGUUUGCUGGGAAGGAAUUUUUUUGGAGUUACAGGUAUUCACCAGAGAUGACGUGGCUGGAGGAGCAUGGCCCAAGUAGACACCUGGAAACAAAAAGCCUCAAAAUAAAAGGCUUUUUAGAAGGCUUUCUCUUUCUUCACAGGUUCUCGAAUGUUCGUAUACAAGUGUAAAGAGGGAAUUAGUUUCAUUUUGCAUCAAAAUGUUUAUCUGCUUCUCCAGGCUUUUAAAAAAUUUUUAAAUUUAAUUUCAGUCCCUCGUACAGCUUAGGUUUUGUAUAAGGAUUGCAAUUCACUUAAAAUCUUUAGUGUGUUAAAUGCAGUGCAUUUUAGCAAAAGCAUGUCCUAGACAUUAUUCAGUUAAGGUUAACCUGUUAACAAUUACAAAUAACUAGCUUAAUUAGCUUAAUUCACUUAGGAAAACUUGAAGGUGUUGGAUACUUCAUAGAAACCCAAACUUGCCUUUCAUAAAUAUUCAUACCCUGAAUUCUUGAACCUAAACCAAACCAGAUUUGUAAAAGAAAACCAAACCAAACACACGUUCCUAUAGAUUUUAAUUUGAUUUAAAUUCUUGUUUUUAUUUCUGCAUUUGAGGAAACAUACUGCAGUAUGGUAAAUGAAUUCUGUGAGUUGUGUAAUUGUGUUGAUUUGAUUUGUGUGUAUUGUAGUGCUCAUUAUGGCUUGACGUUUUACUGUCAGGAUACUCUAAAAGUUCUGUAAAAUAUUUAUAGAAUUAUGAAAACUUUUGCAGCAAACUGUUUUUUUGCUCAUUCUGUAAUUUGAAAGUAUAUUGUUAGAUUAAACUUUUCAGUAAGUAGACUUGGAAUUUUUUCUGACGGGAUUUUCUCUCAAUAAAUUAAUCAUUUUCAUUUAUCCUUUAGAAAAGUAACAUUACAAAGCAAAUGGUAUUUGAAUAAUAUCUAGCCUUGUGACAGCAUCUGAGAAUACCCUUUGUUUGUCUUCAAUUUGUUUCUUAAAGGGGUUGUGUUUUAUACUGCCUUUUUAAUAAACAAGCUCAUGAACAGAA